UUUCACUCAUCGUAUCUUAUAUUUUUUGCAGUUUUAUUCUGAAACUUUCUACAGAAUAAAGAGCAUUUUUUCCUUAUUUUUCAAACCAGUGUUUUAUGUGACGAAUUCUUAUUUAUGAAUAUUCGUUUUCUUCCAAACCUCGUCCCCACUACAAGCCUGAGAGAGAUGGAGAGCGAAAGAGGGACCCAGACCAGUACUCCUUCUGUCAGUCCGACUCCUCCAGAUCUGAGCAGCACUUUCAACCGUGCUUGCCGCAUUGGCACAGUCAUCCCAAACCGCAUCUUUGUAGGAGGGAUUGACGUCAAAACUACGGAGAAUGACCUCAAAUGUUUCUUCUCCCGGUAUGGAACAAUUAAGGAAGUGAAGAUUAUCAUCGAUCGUGCUGGAAUGUCAAAGGGGUAUGGCUUUGUAACCUUUGAGACUCCUGAGGAUGCACAGAAAAUUCUACAUGAUGCAAGUGUGGAUAGGCUGUGUUUUCGGGAUAAGAGGCUGAACAUUGGACAGGCAGUUCGCAAGCAACACGGGACCAUGCACUCAGUCGGUCACUCCGUGGCGAGUCCCAGCUCUCCUCUGUCUCUCCCAGCAUCAUUUGGCACCAUGUACCUGACCACGCCCAUGGGAUAUCCCUACACCUUCCACAACGGAGUGGCCUACUUCCCCAACCAGGAGCCCUCACACUGGCCUUCUUCACACGCAGUAUCCGGAUCUCCGGUCAUGGUGGCUCACCCAGCUGCUCCUUUUUAUACUCAACAAGCCUGGCCCCAGCACCAGGGUCCAUCCCAGUAUGUGAAUGGACAUGUCCCUUGGGGUUUUCCUCAGGUGAAGUCUUCUGUCCAUUCGAACCCGAGUCCUUUGCUAUAUGUCCAGCCGGCAGAGUUGACGUAUCACCCAGUGGAACCGAAUGAAAGCGUGUGCGUUCAGUCAGCCGUGCCCCUGAUGGAAGCUGGUGUACCCGAGCAGGCCUGUAUGGAUCACAUGGUACAGCCGCCGUAUCAGAUUUAUGUGCAGAGUCCACUAAUUCUGCCUCAGGGUGAUGGCAUGAAGGAGCAAAAGUUCCAGUCAGUCAGAAGAGGUUUCUCUCACCCUGGAGUCCACCUGAGACCAAGGUUCACCCGCGGCCGUCAUUACACACACCUGCGUAAAGAUUACGUGCCUGAUCUUCACACCACGCCUCCUCCUGCACCCUCACCUGCACAGGACGCGCUAAAAUAAAAGGGUUUGGUCUGCUUCAUCACCUCACAGUGCACAAUACAGUGUAGUGUAACACAAACACACUGAAAACACCCAGACGUAAACGCAAGCCAUCGUCAGGACUAAAACUAAUCUCUGCAUAACCAGUGUAUAGUAAAUUUAAAGAGGUAUCCAAACAAAAAAACACUGAAAAGCCUUACAAUAUAAACUGAAUCAACCAAGCCAACAAGCACACUAUAGAUUCUAUACGGAACUUGUUUGUACAAAAUUGUUGCCUAAAUCAAACGUGUACAUCAGUUUUACAUCUACCAAGACUACACACUGACUAAAAACAAACUAAAUCAAACUUCAGCCUGAAACUACUUACUUACACAAAACCUAAAUUUGUGUCAAGCCAAACACUAACUUCUCUCAGCCCUUACUAGUAUGUAACUGCAGUGAAGUAAAUUUUUACAUAAAGUGAGCAAGAGCCCUUUAUAUGUUCUGAGCGCAUUUUGAACAUGUCUUCGAUUGGCGAACAUUAAAUUCUCGUGAAACUCAUGAAAGAAAUUUAUUUUUGUUUGUCUGUUGCUUCAUCCACAUACACUGUUAUUUAUCUAAAAUUUGUAACUGUCCUGAUCGCAUCAUGGCAAAGACAGAUCUGUCCUAAUUUAGCAAACACCCAGAAAACCAUCUUAAACAAACAUUAGAAAAGAACACUACUGUGCGUUCAAGGUGCAGUUAACAUGAAUACUGUCAUUUUUUGUAAGUCAGUUUUCAAAGAACUCAAAACACAAGGCUAAACACAAAUCAUCUAAACGCAUGGUAAUGCCAUGUGCCUUGCAUUCAAUAUUUUGAGCUUGCAAUACCGAUCUUAUUGCUUUUAUAAAAAAAAAAAAUGUCUAUAAGCUCCUUGCAGUUUUUUUAUCAACUCCUUCAUUCACGUACAGUGCAAUACUGUCACAGUGCUUAUACCAUCAGCAUAUUUAACCAACUGCAGGUAUUUAUUUAUUUAUUGAAGCAUGUCUGUGUCCAUAUAUAUACAUACAUACCUAUCAGUUUUAUGAGAAACUCGCUCAUUUUCCCACAAACUGAUUUUCUUCAGGCCAGUGUUUCUUUGGUUUGAAGAUCUGCUGUUUCUGUAUAUAGUUAAAAAGGUCUUUAUUUCUUCCAUUCAGUCUAGUUUGUGUGUGUGAUUGAGACCAUUUUAUGACAAUUUUUAUUUAAUGUUUUUUUUUGUGCACCUGUGAAAGUAUCCGAUUUAUCAAAGUUCUUGUAUUUGUUGUUUUGCGCGCACACACAAGAAAGGUCAUUGUUUUUCUAAAUCCUAAAAUAAUAUAAAAAUAAUUUUUGAUCAUUAAAAGGUUCAUUUAUACUUGUUAUAUGUUAUUACUUUAAGGAGUUAAAAGAGUUGUUUAAGGUGUGUGGUUUAAUGUCUUUAUUACGAGACAAGUGUUUCUUAA